CCUUGUGGUGGUGUGUAUUGAGGACUGCUGUUGGGACCGGCCACUUUUCAUUCUAUCUCCGUCUGUUUUCAUAAGACAUAUCAUUGUAUCAUAUAUAAGUUUUACAGAUACUGGACAAAUAGGGAUUAAUCUAACAUGAUCCCUAACAUAAACUUCAAACAGAGUUUUCGUGUACAACAGCACAAUCCAUGAACAGCAUUGGGAGUGUAUAUGGUGUACAAUAUAUUGAACAGGUGCUUUUAAGUUGGCCCCGGAUUGGAAAAAUAACUUCAAAAUAAUCAAUGAACUAAAUGGCAUAGAGCUGUUCCUGUAUGUGGAAAUAAUGAAUAUCACUAUUGGCAGAACUGUCCUCUUCUCUGAGGCUUAAACACUCCUGUAGUAACUGUUUCUUCGUGAAAGGCUGGAUACCCCACCAUUGUCCGCGGAUAUUGUGGAAGGCAACUGUGGGACGCUGAAACUGACUUAAAUGAGAGUUUUAGCUACAUGUGACUAUUGAUGCGAGAAAGUACUGCCUGGUAGCACUCUUUGUAAAACUAUCGAUAAAACAUUCAUUUGGUGUUGAAUUGGAAAUGGGCAGUAGAGAGAGAAGGGUAUAAUGUUAAACCUUAUGAUAAAGUAAAGUUGAUGUAUCUUAGGACGAGGAGUCUGAGCCAAUCCUUGAGGAAGACCGUUACACUGACAACUUGAUGAUUUCUGCAAGUUUGGGAUUGUGUUAAACUGUGAUAGUUACCUGUGUAAGUACAGGUUAGAUAACCUUUUGUAACUGUCAGGUUUGGUAGUACAGUUCCUAAUCAGACAAGUCUGAUUUCUGUGAUGAUGUGCUGUGUCUACUAUUGGAUCAUGUGUGUGUAAUGAAGAUCUUUUCUAACCAAAUAUUGGUCCAAGGUGACUGAUGUAUCAACACAAUCUGUUCCCCAUGAGAGGGGAGGGCGGGGACGGGAGGCCUCACCUCCUGCCCGUGAGACGUCACUCGGAGGUGGAGAGGAAAAGCCACGAUACAGAUGAAGAUAGUGUUAACUUCAUGUUCUUUCCUUCCAUCUCAUUAGAUUUCAUUGAUGAUAACUUUUUCAAUAAAUUUGGAUAUUUCAACAAAGCAGACAACAAGUUACAGGAAGAACUAUUACGGACCACACAACUUGUAUACAGUUACCAGGAUGGCCGGGGAAUGGUACCAAAGUUACGCGAGCCCAGGAAUUUGUACGCCUUGGCAAAGGAGUUCGGUCCACAGCAAUCUGCAAGAUGGCCAUCGGAAAUCCAGGUCCUGGAAGAGAAGGUGAGACACAUUCGGUAUAUCCCUCCUUCUCCGGAGCCAUUUUAUAAACAGCACGGACAGGAGCGUAUGCCUAUGGUGCGGGGCGAGGAACGCGGUGCAAAUCUAGUAUACAUGUACCAGCCCAGGUCAAGCUUCUUUGUGAGGUCAAGGGUGAGAGGUUGUAGGUCAGGCCCAUCACGAUGUGCCCCCCAGAUCAACACGGAGGAAAAUACCACAUUACUGUUUGAGUCCCGGUUUGAGAGUGGAAACCUAGCCAAGGCCUGUCAGGUACAGGGCACCAACGACUACGAAAUGUGGCUACGUUACGAUCUGUAUACCAACAAACAUAUACAGUGGUACUACUUCCGGGUAUCAAACACUCGUGCCAAUGUUAAAUACCGCUUCACCAUCGUCAAUUUCAUCAAGUCAGACAGCCUAUACAACUAUGGUAUGAAGCCAUUGAUGUACAGUGAGAAAGAGGCUCAGACAAAGAAAGUGGGCUGGAUACGGUCUGGUAGUGACAUCAAAUACUACAGGAAUAAUAUCAAAUAUGAGACUUCCAAGGGAGAGAAGCCAUUUUACUCUCUAACAUGGACGGUGGAGUUCCCACACGACAACGACACAGUUUACUUUGCUCACUGCUUCCCAUACACAUAUACAGACCUACAAGAUUAUCUACUAGAUAUAUCAAACGACCCGGUGAAGUCCAAAAUCUGUAAACAGAGAGUGCUAUGUCGGACACUCGCCGGAAACCUAGUCUACGUGCUCACCAUUACCUCACCUUCACAAAACCCUGAAGACAUCAAGCAUAAAAAAGCUGUGGUGAUCACAUCACGAGUACAUCCUGGCGAGUGUAACGCUAGCUGGAUGAUGAAAGGUUUCCUCGACUACCUGACGGGUAACUCAGCUGAUGCUAAGCUCCUGCGAGAUACAUUCAUCUUCAAGAUUGUGCCAAUGUUGAACCCAGAUGGUGUGAUAGUGGGUAACUAUCGGUGCUCCCUGGCUGGCCGAGACCUCAACAGGAACUACAAAACUGUGCUCAAAGACUCGUACCCCUCCGUGUGGCACACGAAAAACAUGAUCAGGAAACUCCUUCAGGAGAGAGAGAUCAUUGUGUAUUGUGACCUUCACGGACAUAGCAGAAAACAAAAUGUGUUCAUCUACGGCUGUGAAAACCGCCACAACCCGGAGAAACGUCUCCGAGAACGGAUCUUCCCUGUCAUGCUCAACAAGAACGCUCCAGAUAAGUUCAAGUUUGAGUCAUGUAAGUUCAAGGUUCAGAAGAGUAAGGAAGGGACAGGUCGAAUUGUCAUGUGGCACAUGGGCAUCAUGAACAGCUACACAAUGGAGGCAACAUUUUGUGGCUCCACCAUUGGGAAGAAGAAGGGCUACCACUUUACCUUGGUGGACUUUGAGGCGAUGGGGUACCACUUCUGUGACACUCUACUGGACUACUGUGAUCCGGACAACACAAAGUGUGCUAAUGUACUUCUGGAACUGGAGGAUAAGAUGAAGAGAGACAUCCUUGCCAAACUCCAGAGAGCAGGAAUCACUCCCAGCUCUGCUGAUGACAUUGACCUCAGCGAUGACUUCAGCUCUCUCGAGUCCAGUGAUGGUGGAUCCGACAGCUCCGUCUCUGAUGGACCUCCGGUACAUUUGCAGUUCGCUCCUCAAAGGGAGGAUAUACAACCCCUGAAAAAGAAGAAGAAAUUAAAGACGAAGAAGGAGAGAGACAGAGUAAGAAGCUUUAAGGAAGACACAAAGAAAGCUUCCUCUGGGGAUAGGCCGUCUUCCGACCAUGUGUGUGAUAAAAAGGUCAUGAGCGGUCAUCAAACAGCACAUGCUAAACAGGACAAGGGAAGCAAACCUCUUGGAUUUGAUUCCUCUCAGACUUCUCAGAGUAUGAAGUAUACAUCUGCUCAAAGACGUCCUAAGUCAUUGGAGGAACGUCCUUCAACCACUACCUCAGCCACGCACCAAGAAAAACUUGAAGACAAGAAUCCACGCAGGAAUGAAUACCUGGAAGCCCUGACGAACGCCUACCUCAGAAACGGUUUACUGAACUCUGAAGCAGGUGUCACCCUUCGUACAAAGAAACCAGUGGCCCCACAUUUCCGUUACUCGGGAUCCAACAAGGGUUCGCCCAAUAUGGCCUUCAGUUUGGACGGCUUGUGUCCCCAUCAUGAGCAGACGUUUGCUGCUCAAUAUAUGGCACAACAAAUACAAAACCUGCAGUGUGGAGGGAAACCGGAAUCACCUGUAGCUCAGAGAAAAGAUACAGAACCACUACAGCAAGGGGUCAGAGGUCACCAUAAGUCCAUCAAACCCUUCCAUGAAAAAUGUAGUGAUGAUAUCCUAGCUAAGUUGUUGGGAAUGCCUGAAGUUGUAGGAAGUACUUUGGUUAAAGUAUGGAAGGAGCACAUGAAACGUACACGAGGACGUCAGACCAACAUAGAUGACCUGGUUCGGUCACAGAUAACACACCAAGCCAGUAUCUCGCCCAUCAACCGCCAGCCCCUUCAGCGCCAUAUCCUUGAAGUGUCCGCAGCCCAGCAGCGUCAGCAGGAUAUGCUACAACAGAGCCGCAAACAGGAGAACAGAUCAGGUAAUAACGUCAUUCGGAUGCACCCCAAUCCCUUUGACGAGCGCUCCUCUAAACCUCCCAUAACCAUUUGUGAUGCCAGUAAAUCUGGUCGACCUCGAACUCAGGUGCCUUCCGCCACUUUCGUAAAUUAUGAUCAGUACCAUUCUGUGAAGGCGCCACCUGAGGAACCACAAGUGGAGUCUAAGGAGGUGUUGUUGAUGGAGGUAGAAAAACUGGAACCAAUCUCAUUGGACAACCAGGACGAUGAAUCUAAAGAAGGCAAGAAGCAUAAAGGGAAACAUAAAGAAAAAGGAGGCCGAAAGAGUCGGAUGGUCCCAAAUGAUACCUCAAGUGCUAAACCGGAGAGAAGGGGGCACCGAUACCGACAGUUUAAACACGACAUUUACAGUGAGACAUGGAAACAAAGUGAAAGUAUGCGUGAGUCUGAUGAGGAUCACGGUCCAGGUAUUGAGGGGCCAGAUUAUGUAACAGAUCCACACUCUCACAAGGAGCCAAGGGUCAAGUCAGCCCAGUCUACAGAGGAGGUGGACAGUGCAAUAGAGAGCAUCAAGGAACUGAGACAGUCCCUCGCCACCACUGCCAUACAGCAGAACCUCAGUCCAACCGCAGGGCUCGCGAGACGUUACAUCAAACGCCUUAUGACAGAGACUGACCACGACAUAGAGGAACUGACCAAUGAAAUCAAGAAUGAUAUAGAGUAUGAGAAGAAGCUUGCCAAGAGGAGAUCUGGUGCUCAGUCUGCCUCCAAUGGAUCCACUCCAGUGAAUGGUGAGAUAUCCCCUGUCUGUGAUUCCACAGGUGUGCCAGUCCCAGAUAUAGUGCCACGAAGUAGCCAUCACAAAGACUUGGUCCUGUUACGAGAAAGUCAAAAUGGCCUGGGUCAUGACUUGCCAGAUGAACACCCAAAAUGGCUUCAGGACACUUCAGUUACGCGCGAGAAAAAAGCAAGUUCACGACAACGAAUUGUGACCCCCAUGGAAACAAAAACUAAUUAUCCCAUGAGUGAUAGAACUCACGACAGAACUCAGAAAUGGUCCAAUGAUUCUGGCGUAAACUACAGCAACAACAACGCUCAGCCUGCCAUAGCUCAGAAAAAGCUGUCUGAUAUGACCUUUGACCUUAGUCAGGUGCAUACAGAGCAGCCAAUCCCACAAAAUGGAUCUGUAGGUUUGUCUCACACUGGUUCACAGGUAGGCAGCGGCUAUGGAGGGCGCAAGCCUGUAGGGGAACCACUCAAACUGGCAGAAUGUAGCAGCUACCAUGGACAGAGUUUCGUCAAGUGUGGGAAGGGUGGGAUGAGAGUAGGCAGUGCCACAAGCAGUAGUAGUCGUGAGGAGAAAAACAAAUACCCAAAUACUGAUAAAUACUUUGAGCUGACAAACCGAGCAAAAUCUGCCAAAAGUAGCCGGGGAAUCGUAGGUAAGAUGUUUCUCCGGCCGAUCAUUUCAGAGACUGUGCCGACAAAGAUACAAUUGAUGAUCAACCAGAGCCACCAGGAGGAGAAAUCAUUCGGGGGCCAAUUUUUACCACUGUCACGGACAAUUAGGGCACCUUUUUACAGAAACAAUAAGAGAAAUCCUACGAAAUGAAAAUGAUUGAAAUUAAAGUGAUAUUUAACAUAUCUAUACAGGGCAUCUCCAGAGAACAAAGUAAAAAGUUAAUUUAAUAUAUAGGAAUAGUCACAGGAAGCACACAGAGGGACUUGUUUACUGUGAUAUUUUAUGUUGAAACUGACGAAUCUCUGAAUCCGGAGGAAAAGCUGAGUGAUAUUUUGUUCAGGGAAUUGUGCACUUAUUUCUGAUCUUCCUAUUUAAUACUGAUAUACCUAUAUAACCUACCUGUGAUACUGGAUACUACAGCCUCCGGACGUGAUUCUUCUUCGUCUGAUGUACCACCGCCGAUAGAUACUGUACCUCCAGGGAUUGGUACUAGAUAGUAUGUGCAGCGUUAUGUAUUCUUUAUACCAUUGUUCUUCACAGCCUUCACCAAUAUUAACGACUUGCCACAUUAAAAAAAUCUUAGAACAUGUCUCAUCUACAAACGAUGAAAUGGAAUCAAAAUUAGCCGUUUGAUAAUUAUCUCAUAAUAACAUUAUAUGUAUUAUCAUCUAAUUGUUUUCGUUAAACUUGCAUGUGUUGCCUAUCAAAGGGAAGUUACGGUCAGAAUUCACGUAUUUCUCGCACGCUGUGAAGGUUUUAUCUGUUAUUUGAUUUUCUGCAAACAGUAAAAUUAACCAACUCGCCAAGGCACGAUCGAAAUCAAACGAAUUUGUUACAGGAAUGGUAGGUUGUACAUAGGAAUAACAUGAAUGCAUCUGCCAUAUGAACUCAUUACUCACGCACUGGUAUGUCUAAUGUGUGGAGCUGCAAAAUACAACUGGCUUGUCCUACAACUUUUCAGGAUUCUUAAUUAAAUAUGCCAUAACGCCGACGGCGUUUACUCUGCUUGUCACAAAAAUACAUAAGAGGCUACCCAUCGUAUGACAAUAUAUAUAAUUAAAAAAGAAAACAGUUACAGUGCCCUAAAAUGAUAUUCAUCAGACCGAAAGGUAGAUAGCAAAUAUAGAAGCAGAGUACGAUAAAAAAAAAUCCGAGAUGCAAUUGAUUGUGUAUUCACUUUGAAAUUCAAACUCGCUCAAAUUUCCCAAAGGUGGUAAUAACAUAGUACUUUUGAUUUUGUAUAAAAAUAAACAGUAGCCUAUAUUUCAUUUCAAUCGAUCAUAACUUCUCUUGUCGAGUAUGUGACAUCUUCAAAUACGCUCAGGUCUGCUUACUUUUCGGGAAAUAACAUUAAAGUAGUAUAAUUUCCUUGAUGAAAACAUUGCUAUAUGAAGUCAUUUCAGUACGAAAGAAUACGAUCGUGUAUGCAUACAUUUUUGUACACACAUUUUUAAUUAUUUCAUUGACAGGAAAUCUAUCAUAUUAGCCAAGUAGUUGGCCCUGAUAUACAGUAGGUAGUGCGUUAAACUAACAUGUGCCAAUUAAUACGUUAUUUGUUCAUUAAAUUAUGUACGACGCGCAUUCCAGCCAUACCUGCAAGUGUUUUACGUAAGCCUUCCCUCCGUACCUGCUAAAUGUAUUUCCCCUUACCGUCCUCUAUACCAAAUACCGUAUUCACACUUGUUUGUCCCUCCAUACUUACCUUAUCUUAAUAAUCUAUCCGUGGUACCGUAUUUACAAUUGUUCGUCCCUCGAUAUUUACAUUUACCUUAUAUCCUUGGUACCGUAUUUACAAUUGUUCGUCCCUCGAUAUUUACAUUUACCUUAAUCUUCUAUCCGUGGUACCGUAUUUACACUUGUUCGUCCCUCCAUACUUACAUUUACCUUCUAUCCGUGGUACCGUAUUUGCACUUGUCCGUCCCUCUAUACAUUUACCUUCUCUCCGUGAUACCGUAUUCAACUUGUCCGUCCCUCUAUACUUACAUUUACCUUAUAUCCAUGGUACCGUAUUUACACUUGUCCGUCCCUCUAUACUUACAUUUACCUUCUCUCCGUGAUAUCGUAUUCACACUUGUCCGUCCUUCCAUACUGGUAUAUUUCCGUACUUUUCCGUCCCUCUAUACUUACAUUUACCUUCUAUCCAUGGUACCGUAUUUACACUUUUCCGUCCCUCUGUACUUACAUUUACCUUAUAUCCGUGGUACCGUAUUCACACUUGUCCGUCCUUCCAUACUGGUAUAUUUCCGUACUUUUCCGUCCAUCUAUAGACUCGUUAUUACUCAAUUCACACGUCUGUUCCGCUAUACUUACUACUGUCAACUUUUCUUACUCCACACCUUCAGCUUAUUUACAUGUUUGUACUUCCAUAAGUGCUACUGUUAUAUUGUCCGUCGUCCAUUCAUACCUGAGUAUCCGUCCAUUAAUAUGACUAAAUACGUGCGAGAGUGGUAACCGUAAGACUCCGAGUUAUAUCGUAGGUUUUACAACUUAUUGGAUAAAUGGUCUACCUGUUUAUCAUACAUGUGUAUGUCUGUAUCCAAUGCCAAGCUCAAGAUGUAUACACUAAAAACGCCACGAACAAAUAAUUUUCCAUUACAAGUGGUCAUUGUUGGCCUCACUUACACACUUAUUCAUAUUAUGUAGAUUGUUUCGGUAUUUGAAUUCACAUUGUCUACCUGUGAGAGAAUACUCGUUAUAUUACAGGUUAAGCUGUGAGUCUAGUGUUUGGAUGUAAUUGUGUGAACGAUUGUCACUGCGUGGAAACAUUUGUGUUUGGUGGAGAUAUGUUCCGAGAUAAAGAUUGCAUUGGAUAUCAGGUGCUGUCUAUAUUAUAAUGUUUAAUUUACUAAAAUAUGUUAUUGUGAUAUAACUUUUGUAUGUCCAUCAAUGAGGUGAAUCCGUAUAUGUCAUCUAUUAAUCGUUCUAUGUGCCUGUUAUAAUGUGCGUCGUUGUCAUGCGUCAUUUGAUCAACAUUCUCAUAUGUUUAUGAAAUUGUGUAAUUUUACAAUCUCCAUGUUGAUUAAUGUCAUAGGAAGGAAAUAAAUUUUAUUUUAACAUUGA